UAAGCCGCCAAGACCUGCCGCGGCCAAAAUGGAGACGGAUAUAUGGAAUGCAAGUAACUCCUUUUCAGUAGAAGGCAACAGCCUGGCCCUGGAUCCGGACCAGUAUGACAGUGAUAUCGAUGACAUCCCGGACCCCGGGCUGCUCGAAGAAAAAAAUGAGUCGUCUUUCUCGGAGCCUGCCUCUCAGCUUUUUACCAGGAGCUCACGGUGGCAAAACAUGACCCCACGUGCGCGCGCCCGCCAGCUGUGGCUACUCUUGCGUGCAGGCCUGCACGACUUUGUGGAGAAGGAAAAGAGAGCCGAGCUGCGCGUGGCACGCUUGACGCACGGACUGGAGCCACUGCGCCGCCUGCAGGUGGCAGCCGGGCUGUGCUCCGUGGCGCAGGACCCAGUGGGUAGACGCUUGGUGGUGCUGGACGGCGCUGGCCGCCUGCACCUGCACAGAGAGGACGGGUGGGCCCACGGGAAGCUGCUGGCCCCCGUGGUGCUCACGGGGUUAGUGACAGUGCUCGGACCACUGGGUUCCGUGGGCCGCUUUGUGGGCUGGGGCCCCAAGGGGCUGGCCAUACUAAGGCCCGACCUCAGCCUGCUGUGGCUGAGUGAGCCAGGGCUGGGUAGGGCCCCAGGCCAGGAGCCCAUCUGCUGCCUGCCUGUGCCUGACUUGGGGCUGCUGCUAGUGGCGGAGGCAGGCGGCUGCCUAGCACUCUGGAAGUUCCGUUUAGGAGGUCGCUGUCUGGUGCCCAAGGGGUCACCUCUGCAGCCUCUACCAAGCUCCUUGGGUGCGCUUACACGUCUGGCUCUGGGGCCCCUGCCUCCCCACCACGCCUGCUGCUGCUUCGCAGCCUAUGGCUCGGCCGUGCUCACCUUUGAUCUGCACACCUGGGCUGUCAUAGAUGUACGCCGGGAUCUGCACAAAACCACCAUCUCUGACCUGGCGUACUGCAGAGAGGUUGAGGCCAUGGUGACGGCUUCCCGAGACAGCACAGUGAAAGUGUGGGAGGCUGACUGGCAGAUCCGGAUGGUGUUCGUGGGCCACACAGGCCCGGUGACAGCUAUGGUCGUGCUCCCCAACACUUCCCUGGUGCUGUCGGCCUCGCAGGACGGGACGCUGCGCACGUGGGACCUGCAAGCUGCGGCGCAGGUGGGCGAGGUGGCACUGAGCUGCUGGGGCCACGAGGUGCAGUCUGGGCACGUGGACUGCCUACUGGCGCCCGCGGGCCGAGGCUGGCCUGUGCUCUCCUUACGUGCCGGCAGCGUGGAGCUGUGGCGCCUGUGCGAGCUCUACUCGCCGUUGGCGCAGUUGUCCGCGCCAGUGCUUCACCUGCAGGUGGCGCCCGCGCUGCCCAUGCCCCUGCACCCACCACUGCCCGUGCGCCUUGUGUGCGCGUGCGCCGACGGCUCGGUCUACCUGGUGUCAGCUGCGACGGGGCGCACCGUGAGCUCACUGCUGCUCGAGCCCGACGACUGCGCGGCCGCCGUGGCCUACUGCCUGCCUCGCGAAUUACUGUGGCUGCUGAUGCGCUCUGGGGACCUGGUGUGUGCCAAUGCGGCACGCUGCCCCAUGUACGUGCUGUACCGCACGUGCCCGCCGCCUUCCCCCGAGCCCAGGCCCUGCUGCCUGCACCUCUACAGCCACCUCACAGACCCCGCCAGCGCGUUUUCCACCUGGGAGAUGGUGCGCCAGCACGGGGGUGAGCUGUGUCGUAGUGACACCCAGGCCUGGAAGGACAAGAACCGGUACUUGCCUGUGCUGGGGCACACAGAUGGCACGCUGUCGGUACUCGAGUUGUGCGCGCCUAAGACUGUCUUCCGCACAGGGGCGCACAGCCCGGGCCCCGUCACCGCCAUUGCGUCCACCUUGAACAGCAUCGUGUCCUCAGGCGGGGACUUGACUGUCAAGAUGUGGCGCGUCUUCCCUUAUGCUGAGGAGAGCCUGAGCCUGCUGCGCACCUUCUCCUGCUGCCACCCCGCGGAGGUGCUCUGUGCGCUUGGGAAGCGUGUCACUGUGGCCUUUGAGGACCCAGACAGUGCCACCUAUGGUUUGGUGCAGUUUGGCCUGGGCCACAGCCGGCGCUGUGAUCACCGGCCCCAGGACGACCCCAUGGACCACGUCACCGGCCUAUGCUGUUGUCCCACGCUCAAGCUCUACGCCUCCUCCAGCCUGGACUGCACCAUCCGCAUAUGGACCGCGGAGAACCGCCUGCUGCGGCUCCUGCAGCUGAACGGUGCUCCUCAGGCCCUGACCUUCUGCAGCAACAGCGGUGACCUGGUGCUGGCACUGGGCUCGCGCCUCUGCCUGGUGCCUCACCGGCUCUACCUGCCCACAUCCUACCUGGUUAAGAAGCUGUGUGGUCAGGUUCCUGCCAUGGUGGAUGACCCUCCCCUGCCGCUGACCAACUUGGAGCCACUGACCUCAGCCCAGCAGCAGAGGCUUGCCAGCCUGCAUGGGGUGGCCAGUCUCAGCGCAGCCUUGUCUAUCAUCCAUCACCAGACCGCAGCACCACAGGAGCCACUGCUGGAGGAGGACCUGGAGACCUUAGUUGCCCGGGACCAAGACCUUCAGCAGCUGAGACAGGGGCUGGUGGUCCCAGCGGCCCAGCCCCCCCUCUCCUGGCACCAGCGCCAGGAGGCCUUUGAAAACUACCUUCAUCUGGUCUGCAGCCCAGCCCUGCUGGGCACGCAUUCUGGAAAAGAGAUCCAGCAAGAGGGCACCGUAACCCCCCCCACGGAGAGAGAGACCUGGGACGUAUGUGCCUUGCCCAGAGCUGCCAGUCUCAGGGAGGCUGGGGUCUGCACUAAAGUCCCCACAGUGCUGACAACCCUGCCCCCACAGGACCUGAGGGCCCUGGGCCUGGGCUUUGCCCGCCAGCCCCGAGCCUCCUUACCCAUCCCACCCUCUCGCCGGCGUGUGCACAGCAAGGCUUCCCAGCUGCUGGCCACCUCCUCCCUGAGCUGCUACCUGGGCCUCAGUCUGGAUCUGCAGCUGCAGUGGGAGCAGCUCCACAGGGAGAGACCUGCAACUCCGGUCCCACCAUGCUCCCACCUGCAGCGCAGGGUCUCCCUGCUGCUGGAAAGGCGGCCCAAGGAGCCACUCUCCAACCUCAGGGGCUUCUUUCCAGCAACUGUUCAGCCCUACAAGUACUUGCAGCGGCCCAUCCACUUCCCGGGCUGGAUCCCCAACUCCGCGGUGCUGCAGCGGAUCAGCUUGCCAGCCGCCCCACACUCCAGGCAAGCGGCGAGCCAGGGGGGGCUCUGCGGGAGGGGCCAAGGCCUCAGGGCUCGCCAGCGGCCACUCGCGCUCUCCCCUUCGCAGCCCAGCGGGAGCCAGGACGACCUGUGGCUGCAGCGGCGCCGGCGGCGCCACGCCAAGUGGCAGCAGAAGCUGAUCCACUGGCUGGGUGAGGAGGCGAGUGAGGACGAGGGCGAGGAGCUGAUUCUGGAGUGGGCCUCAGAGUCUCUGAGCCCCCAGGAACAGCUCUACCCCAAGCCGCUGGGGUCUGAGGAGCUGGCGACUCAGGUGGGCGCCCGGACAGGGCUACGGCGGGAGGGGCGGGUCAGAAAGGCGGGACCUGCAGCUGCCGCCCCCCCUUCCCCUCAGAGCUUUCAGCUCUUGACCCAGAGGCGCUCCGGCGAGGUUGACGUCAGGACCGAGACCUACCUCCGCCGCUUCCGUUACCGAUACGGGCGCUCACUCUGGCAAGAAAGCUACGAGCAUCUGCCCAGGUUCCUGCAAUUUUUCGUCGUCCAGAACUGGUUCAGAAAGCUGUUCCCCAUCUUCAACCUUGAGUCGUACCCCGAGAUGUACCCCGAGAUGCUCACGGUGGAAGGCCUGGCCUCGCUGUUGAUGGGCCUUCUGGAGAAGGUAGCCUGGGUCGACCGCGUGCACAUCCUGCACGCCCUGCUGAGGCUGCUGCCAGACAUGAGCAAAGACCUCUGUAACCUGCUGCACAGCCUCCUCCUGCGCCUGCUCAACCUGGACCCGCCCCCCAGCCUCCAGGACAGGACACAGAAGCAGUUCGUGAUUCUGGCGCUGCAGCUGCUCCUGGCCUGCUCCCUGGAGUCCCACGACGUGGUGCUGGAGCUCAUGUCCUACUUCCUCUACUCGCCAGCCUCCUGCCGGCCCGAACUCAAGAAGCUGCUGGAUGGGCUAGGCCUUCAGGACCCGGAGGGUUUCCUUUUCAAGGAGAUGAUAACCUGGCUCCAGGGCCCCGAUCUCGACUCUAAGUCCAUAGUGCGCAACUGCUGUUGCCAGAAGCUGGAGGACAUGAUCCAGCGCCUGCAGGUCUGGGUGGCAGGGGUGGGGUGGGCCACUUGCCCGGUGGAGCCUCUUGCCUUGUCCCAAGGUUUUCCCCACGUCCAGGGAGGAGAGCCAGGUGAGGCCUGUAGGCUCCUGCCUUGCUCUAGCUGUGUGCCUCCCCUGCCCCUGGAGACCCCAUCUCGCGGUCUUCCUGCUCCCCUCCGGGAGGGUGUCGGCAGAGGGGGCAGGCUCGGAGCCGGGAAUAGCACCACUCAGGCCUCCUGGGGGAGGGCAGGCUCUGCGCUGGGCCCUGGUGCCUCCUCCACCAGCCACUCCCCGGCAGAUGGAGACCUUGAAGGGGACGGUAGCCAAGCUGUCGGAUGUGCUGCCCAAAGUCUCCGAUACCUCAUCGCUCUCAUCCGCGCCCAAGGAGGCCUCGUCGCAGAUAUCCAUGGUGUCCGUGACAUCCUCCACCCGGACCCCCUCGCUGGCGGUCCCUGGGGAGGCGAGCUUGGCCACCUUGGAGUUCAAGGCCCAGUGGCUGUUGUCACAGGCGCACCUCCACCCCCACCCCAGCCCGGGUCCCACUUGGCUGUCCUGCUGGCCCCAGGCCAGAUGGUGUCCCGGCUCUGGAAGAGCCGCACCCUCGAUGGCUCGAUCCGGAUGCUGAAGCUGCCACUGCCACGGGUGGACCUGCAGCCUUUCCCCCCGGACUGGCCCAGGCCUGCCCGGCCGCUGCCCCCGCUGCUCCUGCAGCCCGCCCUGCAGCGCUACUUCCUGCCGGAUGACGCGGACCCCGGCAGCUCCAGCUGAACUGGCCGGUGGCCUCCUCUCCCUCCCAGCGUGGGGCUGGGAUGCAGCCCUUCGCCCAGCUGUUUGCCCCUGGCCAAGGCCAGGGGCUGAAAUAAAGUCCAGAGGGCUAUGGCCAGCAAAGCGGAUGCCACCUUUGUGUUUGGGGGCCUCUGGAGUGAGCAGGGAUGUCUGGCUGGUGCAUCAUGACCUGCUGGGGCCAGUCGUGUGUGGGAGGCAGGGGCUGGGGGCAUGGUGGGCUUGGGUGAGACAGGAUCGGGGUGGGCCUGUCGACCGGAGCAGGGCCCCACAGCAUGGGUGUGUCCCUGCUCAGGCGCUCAGCCAAUGCUUGUCAGUAGAUCACUGGGAUAAGGUGAGAAAGGGUACUAGUGUGCUAGGUAUGCAGGGAGGGCGAGGGCCUGGGUGGCCACAGGUGUGCGGGUGGCGGCAGUUGCCUUUCGAUGCAGAUGAAACCAGGAGUCUGUCAGAGCUUUGUCACCUUUAGACUGGAAAGCAGAAGAGUCGAUGGGAGGCCCCAAUUGCCUUAUCCAAUAAGCAGUAAAGAAGCAGCAUCCUCAUGACCUUUCAGCCUGAGGUCGCCAGGAGGCGGUUCUUGUCUUGAAGUGCAGGGUCCAGGGCUGAGCUGCUUUCUAGACAGCCGUGACCUUGCAGGGACACUCGUGCGCAUUGGCCAUCUGGGCUGUCUGUGAAGGCCGGCCUCGCUUUCCACGCCUUUCUGUGGGGCUGCCUGAGCAGCGGUUGCUUUCCUGUGAGAGUUCUCAGCCUCUGAGAACGUUUCUUCCCCAUGGUUCUGUGGCCACAGCUGGUCUCCCCCACCUUCCCACAAGUCGCCAGCUGUGCAGGGCUCUGGUUAGGGAGCUACCGUGUGGGUGGCUCUUUCUGACGCUGAAACGCGGCCUGGAGAGCUGCAAGACCUGGCAUUUUGGUAAAAGGAACUGCGUGGCUUGUGGCAGUCUGCUUCUGCAGGUUUUCACAUUUUAAACUACAAAAGCAAUGCAUGCUUUUAAAAAUACAAACAUGAAAAAGAUUUGACUGAAAAGCAAAAAAAAAACCAUGAGAAAGUAAGGCAAGUGUAAACUGGUCAAAAAAAAAACAAACUGCUAAUCAUACAGGAAACUAUUAAGAUAUUUAAUACAUAUUAACAUACAAUUAUUUUGAAAUUAAGAAAUUUGUUCACCUAAAUAUACCAUUUCGAUUGUGGUAUCGGUUACCUGGACCCACACUUGAUGAAAUGGCAGAGAACCACACAUACCUUGGUUUUGACACUGUAUUAUGGCUACGUAAGAUGUAACCAUCGAGGUACGCAGAGGAGGCAAAUUUAUAGAGACAGAAAGUAGAUUAGAGGCCACUGCGGGGUGGGGAGAAGGCGGGUGGGAAAUUAAUACUCAAAAGUUACAGUUUCCGCUCCUGGAUGACAAAGCUUCAGAAGUAUACAGUGGUGAUGGCUGCGCAACAUUGUGAGUGUAAUUAAUGCCACUAAUUGUACACUUAAAAAUGGUUUAAACGGCCAAUUUUGUUAUAUGUAUUUUACUACUGUGUAAAAAAAAAUCAGUGACGUGUAACAUACCGAAAGUUGCUGAAUAGAAAUGGGUGCUUCGUAUGGUAUGUGAAUUAUAUCUCAAUAAAGAUAUUUUUAAAACACACAGGAACUUCCUUGAA